AUGGGAAAUACAUUACUAGCUAACAGCGCUUAUAACAAACACUGCUCAAGACUUAGAGGAUCAACACAACAAAAAGUACCCGAAUAUCACCCUUCAUUAAUUGUUCAAGACCAUAAAGAUGAUGUGACAAAAGUCAAGAAUUGUGGUUGUUCUGGCCCGUAUUGCGUAAAGAAUGUUGAAUGGAUACCUCGAGCGAAAUAA